CGAGCAUUCGACUGCGGUUGCAAUUCCAGAAUCUCUCGACUGCGAAUCCUCAACCUCAACACCAGCCAGCCCAGCAUGGCUUCCAAACUUGGCCCCCAGCUAGUCCGCCAGGCCAUACGGGUUGCCUCUAAAGCUCCUCAUCCUCGAAGACAACCCUUCCAUCCCAGACCAUUCUCCAGCACACCCUCAUCACGGAGUGAAGCACUCUUCGUGCACAGGGAUACCCCCAAUAACAACCCCUCCAUCCCGUUCAAAUUCAACGACACAAACCUACGCCUGAUCGAUGAGAUCCUCAAACGCUACCCACCCCAGUACAAAAAGGCCGCCGUCAUGCCAUUGCUAGACCUAGGCCAGCGCCAACACGGCUGGACGUCUAUUAGCGUGAUGAACGAAGUUGCGCGCAUCCUCGAGAUGCCGCCCAUGCGUGUCUACGAAGUAGCGACUUUCUAUACCAUGUACAACCGGGAGCCAGUGGGCAAAUAUUUCGUGCAAGUCUGCACGACAACGCCCUGCAUGCUCGGCGGGUGUGGCAGCGACAAGAUCAUGAAGGCUUGCGAGGACUUCCUGGGUGUCCACUCGGGCCAUACAACAGAGGACAAGCUCUUUACAUUACUUGAGGUCGAGUGUCUAGGGGCCUGUGUCAAUGCGCCCAUGGUCCAGAUUAAUGACGACUACUAUGAAGAUUUGACUCCGGAGACCAUGACAAAUCUCCUGCAAGCGCUGAAGGACAGCACGACGAUUAGUGGGUUUGAUGUGAGCAAGGUGCCCCGGCCAGGCCCGCAGCAGUACGAGGGGAAGCAGAGAAUGACUUGUGAGCCGAGGGCUGGCUUGACUUCAUUGCAGGGCGAGCCGUAUAAAGUCCAAGACCUGAUGAGGACGGACGGCGAAUUGUGAACGAGGAGGCCGAAAGUGUUUGCUAUUUUGGCGGUUGUGCAUAGCUAAAUAAGAGAACGGCGGGCUAUAAAGACAGCCUGCUGGUAGGCGCUCGUCAGCAACUUGAUAGCCAGGACUGUACAUAUUCGUCACCAAAGGAGCGAGAAAGACUUGAGUGUCAUUGAGUAAGUGCAAACAUGUUGAAACAGCCAUCAAAAUCUGUUUUGACCAGCAACAAGGACUGGCUAAGAUAUGUUUCGUUAUUUGCUGAACGCUGGCAAAAUCCGACAAUCAUGAUCAUUU